AUGAUGAGACAGGCCAUGUUCUUCCUCUUGCUGGCUCUUCUAGGAACGCCUACUGUCAAACAAUAUUAUCCUCCUGCAGAAAAUCUUGCCUUGCGUGGAAAAGCUACUCAGUCAAACCUCCUCGAGAACCCAUGGUCAGGUUACAGCCAUCCCUCAAAUGCCAUUGAUGGGAACCGCAAUUCACAUUUCCAUCAUGGGUCCUGUGCUCUCACUGACUCUGAGACUAACCCCUGGUGGAGAGUGGACCUGCUUGAUACCUACAUAGUCACCUCUGUGACCAUCACCAACAGAGGUGACUGCUGCCAUACAAACAUCAACGGUGCUGAAGUUCGCAUUGGGAACUCCUUACAGGAUGAGGGCAUUCACAACACACUAGCUGGUGUGAUCUCCACCCUUGCAGCAGGUAGAUCUCUAACUCUGAGGUGGACAUCAGGUGUGGAAGGACGUUAUGUGACUGUGGUUCUACCAGGGACAGGAAGACAACUGACACUCUGUGAAGUGGAGGUUUAUGGGUACCUCGCCCCAACUGGAAUGAAUGUGGCGAUAACAGGAAAGGCCACUCAGUCAUCAUUAUAUGGGUUUGGGUUUGCUAACAAUGCCAUCGACGGGAACCGAAAUGGUAUUUAUGGAGAUGGUUCCUGCACCCACACCAAAGCCAACUAUAACCCCUGGUGGCGACUGGACCUUCUAAAGACCUACAAAGUGUUCUCCAUCACCAUCACCAACAGAGUGGACAGUGUUUCCAACAGACUGAAUGGAGCUGAGAUCCGCAUCGGAGACUCAAAGGACAACAACAAUGGCAACAACAAUCCCAGGUGUGCUGUGAUCUCCUCUAUACCUGGAGGCUUCUCCAGCACCUUCCAGUGUAACGGCAUGGACGGUCGAUACAUCAAUGUGGUCCUUCCAGGAAGAAGUGAAUACCUGACCCUGUGUGAGGUGGAGGUCUAUGGGUCACCACUGGACUGA